ACAGUGGCGCAGUGGAGAUUGAUGAGGAUUCUGUUAUGAAGUCAGUGAAAAAAGUCACGUUCACGCCAUCACCCAGUAAGGCAGGAGACAAAAACAAAUUUUCAAAAGUGUCGAGGAAUUGCUUUGAAAUACAGAGAAUGCAAAACAAUGAGGAACCAUAUAGCAAGACCCGUAACUCCGGGCAGCACCCAUCAGGAGUUCAUACAAAGAAGUCUCCACGGUUACCUAAGUGUGCCCGAUGCAGAAAUCAUGGAUAUGCUUCUCCCCUGAAGGGACACAAGCGCUACUGUAUGUGGAGGGAUUGCCAGUGCAAAAAGUGCAGUCUAAUAGCAGAGAGACAACGGGUUAUGGCGGCACAGGUUGCAUUGCGAAGACAGCAAGCCCAGGAAGAGGAGCUGGGAAUAAGCCAUCCAAUCCAUUUGCCCAUUGCAGCUGAGUUGCUGAUAAAAAAGGAGCAUGGUGGUAGCAGCUCUUGCUUGAUGCUGGAAAACAGUUCUACACAGACAACCAGCACACCCACUUCAGGUUCCACAGCCAGUUCAGAAGGCAAGGUGUUAAUUCAAGAAAUCCCUUCCAUCACCAGCAGAGGGCAUAUGGAGAGCACAUCUGAUUUGGUUAUGGACUCCCCUUACUACAGUAACUUCUACCAACCUCCACUUUAUCCGUACUACAACAACCUGUACAAUUACCCUCCAUACCAAAUGGCUAUGGCUGCUGAAUCUACCAGUGGCAAUGAUAUGGGAGGAAUAAGCGGGCCGCCACUAAAAAAUAAUCACAGAAACCAUCCAGCUGCUUAUGUCCCUAGCCAGUCAGGAAAUCAGUGGCAGAUGAAGAAUAGAGAGAAUCGUUUCCCAGGUCACAGCGGAAGCUCACAAUUUCGGAUGCAUUCCUACUAUCCCCCUUAUUUGGGACAGAGUGUACCAAACCCAGCUUGUGUCCCACCAUUCCUCACUUUUGAAGAGAUUCCAUCUUAUUCUGAGGCAAAGGCAAGUGUGCUUUCUCCACCCAGCAGCCAGGAUUCUGGAGUUAUUUCCCUGUCCAGCAACUCCCCGGUUAGCAAUGAGAGUACAAAAGCUGUAGCAGAACAGGAGCCCAAUUCUGAGUCUUCCUUAUUUACUGUCACCACCGCUGCUGAAAAUGGAGAAUAGAAAGAUCUUGGUGGUCAGUCUGACACAGGAAACAUCUUUACCCACCACAUUACAUAUGCCAGGUGGAUUUACUGUAAGAUUGUAUGUUAACACAAGAUUGGUUUUAAUAAUUUGGAUAUGCAUUAGAGGUCAAGCAGUUUACCAUUCUGCUUUUAUUCAAUAUGUAGGUGCUUGGUUUUGUUAAUCAGUUGCUGUUUUCUCUGAACUCAAAGAGGAAGUUUGGUUGCCUUAUUUACUAAAAGCUUAAUGUUGAAGUUAUUCAAAAUGAAACACUUGUUUCCAAUAAGCCUUUUAAAGUCUUAACAGGGCAAAUGAUGUAAGCAUCAACUUGUGAUCAAGUUAUCUAACAGAUUUAUAAGGCAACAUUUGACGCCGGACUGUGAUAACUCAUGUGUCCAAACUUUUAGAUCCUGUAUACAUAUAUUCUUUGUGUUAGCAGUGGUUCAUGUAUAAAUAUUUGGUAGAGCUGUGAUCAAGUAAAGGUUUAAUAUUGUGUCCCAAACCAAACAAUUGUAUCAAGGC